AUGCUCACAUCAUACCCACAUCACGCACGCAUCACCAAUUUCGACUCUCACUCGUCACUCCCACCCACCUCCUGUUCCUGGACUUCAACUCAUUCCUCCAUGCUCCCCACACCUUCUCCUCCCUCCCCUCCUGCCCCCCCUCACCGCUCUUCCUGCCAGCCCAGCGCAAGUCAAGCAGCAAGCGAGGGGCGGGCAGCAGGAGGGCGGGCAGCAGGGCAGCAGCGCCGGCCUCAUCAAUGGUUGAGGCUGCAAGUCCUUUCUUUCAACCCCCCCUCGCCGCGCCCUCUCUGCAUCAGCGCACCCCCUCCGCCUGCACCACCACUGCUCCAACUCUCAGCUAAGUCAUUCGCCUCCUUCAGCCUUGCCUCUCAAGUGCUUUCAGUUGAUUUGGGUUCUGCUUCUUUUCUUUCUUUCCAUUCUGUCAAAUCCCACCGCUGGUUGGGGCAUGACUUGCAAGCCACAGACCUCCCUUUUCUUAUUCCAGGUAAACCCCUCAGGUUCAGUGGCCUCUCCCCCUCUCAUUUGCCUUGCAUGCUCUGCUCUUGCACUUUCACCCUUCGUCCCCUCGCUACCUACUCACCAGCUCUGCGUGUGUGCCUUGCAGGUGGGGGGGAGGGGUGUGGGGUCAGCACCGCCAUUCCCUCACGCCUCUCCCCGGCGGCCGUGCAGAGAGGGACGCACACGGGAAGGCUGGGAGGAGGGCUGCCGGGGAAGGAGUCACCUGGUGCUGCUGCAGCUGCCCUCUGCUCGCUCUCACUUACAGCUAAGUUCCCUCAACCCCUUGCCUGCCUCGCCAUGUCUUGUGCAAGUGUGCAGGUACCCCCUCAGGUGCAGCCCUUGGGUCUGCAGUUUGUGACUUGGCCUCCACCAGUGGCCCCUCCCCUCUCCCGCCUUGCAAAUGCCGUUCCCUCUCUUGCACUUUCACCAUUCAUCCCCUCGCUGGCCACUGACCAGCUCUGCGUGUGUGCCUUGCAGGUGGAGGGGAGGGGCGGGGGUCAACACCGACGCUUCCCCACGCCCCUCCCCCGUGGCCGUGCAGGUACCCGUGGGGAUGGGAGGGAGGCAGCACUGCCAAUCGCUGCACCAAGGGAGAGCAUCGGGGUGCGUUGUCUGAUUCCCUCCUCUCUCUUUCUCCCCCCCUCCCCUUCUAGUAGUCUGAAGGAGGGAGGGAGCACUGGAGCAAGGGCGAUACAGAGGCAUUCCUUCUCUAAUCUCCCCCCGCCCUUCCCUUCCUCCUCCUCCCACUUCCCAGCAGCCUUGGCAUCAUGGCGCUCUGAACGGCUAUGGUAG